CGCUUGUUCUUCGGUCAUGGAUUCAAACAUCCCUGCUGAAACAUUCCUAACCAAUGUGGAAAGUCGGACCAGCCAUCAGCUGAAGACAUUCCCCACCUUCAAAACCAUCGAAGUGACCCACGAACGGGACUCCCCCGAGUUUGACGCUCUUACAGUCGCAACCGAAGAACCUGCUGAUGCAGAAGGCCUGGCUGAUGGGAGUCAUCCCCGUCGUUAUGGACUGCGAGACCUCUGUGCAGGAGAAAGUCCUAGAGUGCGUGGAUCACCUCUUGCUCCAGCAAAUGAAGCCUUGCCAUAAAUUCACCCAUCAAGACAAGGGCCAAGUGCUGGCCUGGGAUCUCCUUACGUUGCUCACAAAAGAGAGUCAGGAGCUGAGCCGCUAUUUAAGCAAAGCUUUCCACAUUUUGGCUCAGAAGAACAAAUUCUCCUCUUCAUUCAUUAACGGCAUCAUCUCCCAUACCGAAACCGAGCGUGCUGCAGCUGCUUGGAUGUUAUUGGCAAAAGUGGCUGGUUCCUCGCCCAAGUUGGACUAUUCCAAAAUCAUUGAUGCCUGGGACAGCAUCAACAGGCAGCCCGAAGCCAACCUGGAGACCAUGGUGCACAUCCUCAGCGUGAUUGGAAGUGUUGCCAGACACCUGCCCAGCAGCACCCAGAGCAGGCUAAUGAAUGAUCUCAACUGUUGGCUGCAGGACUUCCAGUGUCCUUUGGAGGUGAUCAGUUCCGCUAUCGAGACUCUGCAGAAGCUUAGCCAGGCCAUCACAGAUGCCCCAAAGGAGAUGCAGGAACUGCUGAACAACCUAUGCGGAGAUCUUUUAGCUGCCUGUGAGCAAUAUAUCUCAAAGAUCGUCCUCCAAGAAUUUGGCACGGAACAGCUGCAAGAGGAUAUCUUGGUGAGGCACCUCUUCACCUUGGGUGAGAUUGCACAGCUCUGUCCGGCCAAAGUGGACAAGCGCAUCUUCUUGUUGAUCCAAUCCCUCUUGGCUAGUCCUGACAACAUGGAACAGUUGUCCAGCUCUGCGGAGAACGAGGACCUCCCAGCAUCUCAACCCUUGUCACAAUUCCAAGGGUCCAUGAUGCCUUCUACUGUCCGAGCACAUGCAUUCAUUACUCUGG